UUACUGACUGAGCAACCUAUUAUUUACACAAUGUUCUCUCCGCCAUGGACCUGAGCUAUCCUGUCUCUGGGGAAUGUCUCAGCAUUCCAGCCACUGUUUGAAUAACUCCCUUCGUUCCUUUAAUGUAGCAAAAUAAUGAACAAACAUUCUUGCCGUCUAUCACAGGUAUGGGGUUUAUUUUGGCGCCGGGCACAUGCGGGAUAGCUCCCAAAGGCAUGCGCACCUUAACACGGCAACUUGCUUUGGUUAUAUGCAGUAAAAAGUUACAUAGGCAUGAAGUUUCCCAAUACGCCUAUACAUAUUCAUAACAUAUCCCCGCUUUGUAUUCAGAUUAGCUCCAAGAAGUCAUUUCCAUAAACUCCUCCCAUCUGCGCCUGCACAGUGCCUCGUGGUGGCGGUCGUCGGGGGGUCGUGGGGAUGAAGUCCGAUAACUCUUCUUCAUCACCACUAGUUGACCCCCUGCCGUUGUACAGACUCAGCUGCUCCUUGGCUCUUGUCCAAACCACAAGGUUGGUCUCAGCUGGUUUUUGAGACAGGUUCCCCAUUUUUGUCAGGAAACAUCUUCUGUGAGGGGCCCCGAGACUCCUUGUUUCGGUUAAUUUGCACAGUAGUAAGCGAAGACACUCAGCAAUAUCUAUUUUAAAGCGAUUAAGCAAGCCCCCAUUCUUUCAUUCCUGGCUUUAAUAAUUACGAUUGUUUUAUUUAGAAAUCAUUAAUACGAUUAAGCAAGCCCCCAUUCUUCUAUCCCUGGCUUCAAUAAGAGUGAUAACGGUUUAGUGGAGGACUUGGUAGCGUUAGGUCAGAGGUUGGACUGGGUGAUCUUGGAGGUGGCAUUCCAACCUAGAUGAGUCUGUGGGAGAAGGGACGAGGGAAGGCGAUGAGUUUAUUUUAGUGAAUUUGUGGGCUUUUACUGAAUUUCUGAGCUUUUACACGGCGGGGGCUGAGAGGAGGCUGCCUCUCUAUGGUACCGGCCGGCACUCUAUGACCCGGGAGGUGCGCGGGCGAGCCGCUCUGCCCCUCCCCUCUAUGCCCGGAGGCGGGCAGGACCCCUGUGCGCCUGCGCGCCGCGCCCGCUCUACCCUCCCGUCUCUAUGGUGUCGUGGCGGCGCCCAUGGCGGUGGCGGUGCUGCGGCCGCUGGACGCCCCUCCGGCCGAGCUGGCGCCGGUGACGGCGCUGCUGCUGGCCCCGGAGCCGCUGUGCGCGGCGCUGCGGGGCCGGGCCGGCGGCGGGAGCGGCGGCGGCGGCGGCGGCGGGGGAGGGCUGGUGCUGGCGGUGCGGCCGGCGGGGCGCGGCGGGGCGCAGGCCGUGCUGCUGAGCGCCGUGGCGCUGGAGGCGGCGGGCCGCCGCGGGGCCGAGCUGUGGCUCCGCGGGGCGCUGCUGCGCCGCCUGGGGCUGGCGGCGGGCCGCCGGGUGGCCGUGUGGCCGCUGCGCCGCCCCCCGCCGCUCGCCUGGGUGCUGCUGGCGGCGGCGGGCGGCGGCGGCGGCGGCGGCGGCGGCGGGGGGGGGAGGCCGGCGGGGGGCGCGGUGCUGGCGAGGAGGGGCGAGGCCUUGCCGGGAGCGGGCCCCGGGCCCGGCCCGCUGGUGCUGGAGGCGCGGCCGGCGCUGCAGGGGCUGCUGGGCAGCGGCACCCGCGUGGCGCUCGCGGCCCCCCCGCCGCCGCCGCCGCCUCCCGGUGCCGGGGGCGCCUCCUGGCGUCGCCCCGCGGCGCCGCCCCUCGUCUCCCGCUUCGCCGCCGGCCCCCGGGCUGCCGAGGGGCCGCGGCUGAGGGCUGCGCCCCCCGGUGGCGGGGCCGGCGGCGGGGCGGAGGUGUGGGUGAGCCGGCGCGGGCUGCUGGCCCUGGGGCUGUUCCACGGAGAGUGGGUGCGGGUGCGAGCAGAGGGGGAGGCCCGGCAGCACCUGGCGGCGCUGCUGGCUCGCCCCCCCGCCUGGGAGUACCCGCGGGCCGCCCGCAGAAAGCCCCCCGAUGGCACCGCGCUGCUGGCGCCAGCCCUCGCCUUCAACCUGGGCUGCGACCCUGCCGGCGGCGAGCUCCUCUGUCUGCAGAGGUACGAAGGAAAGGCGGGGGCUGCGGAGGGGAAAGGAAGCCGAUCCUUGCUGUCCGUGCCGCCCUUUGCCAAGGAACUGCACGUAGAGAUCGUCUGCUCGCCAGCCUACAGUGCCAGAGGAGUCUAUGACCGUAUUCUCUACAAGCACUUUGAAACUCCCCGGCUUGUCCAGGAGGGAGACAUCCUGUGUGUUCCAACAUUUGGGCAUGCUGAGUUUUUAGAUGUAAAUGCAGACAAAUUCCUUAGGUGGCCAGAGCUUUACUUCAAAGUGAGGAAGAUUUUAGGCAUGGUGGAAGGCGAGCAGUCUGAGGGUUACCUGGCGGACACACAGAACACCUCUUUGUAUCUGGUGGGCUCAACAAACAGCGCUGUCCCAUCUGCCCCAGCCUAUAACAGUCACGAGUUCUGGAGCAGUUUGUCUCCUGCCGGACUUUCUGGUGUUGUGAAGGACCUCUGCGAUGCACUUCGGCCUCACCUGAACAGUCAGGCAACCACGCUGAGCAGGGUGGGCAGCGUUCUCCUCUCAGGACCAAGCGGCAGUGGGAAGCUGAUGGCUGUCAGAGCUGUGUGUAGCUGCCUCAACCUCCACCUCUUCAAGGUCGAUUGCGUUAGUUUGUGCGGUGACACCAGUGGAGCCACAGAGGAGAAAAUACAGAUGGCCUUUGCCCAGGCCCAGCAGUACCGUCCCUGCGUGCUUCUGCUGAAAGACAUAGAGCUGCUGGGCAGGGACCGGGACAUGCUGGGAGAGGAUGCCAGGGUCAUCGCUACUCUGCGCCAGCUGCUUCUGGAUAGAGACCCAGCACUGAGCCACCCAGUCCUGGUGAUCGGCACAACCUGCAGACCCCAGGACGUUCCUACAGACGUGCAGACUGCUUUCCUUCAUGAGGUGAAAAUCGAAGCCCUUUCCGAGGAGCAGAGGAGGUCGAUGCUGAGCAUGCUGACUGCCAGUCUUCCUCUGGGCAAAGAAGUGAACCUAGCCAAGCUGGCCCGCAGGACUGCAGGUUUUGUGCUGGGGGAUUGCUGUGCCUUGCUGUCCCACAGCAGCCGGGCUGCUUGUACCCGCAUCCAGGCCUUGAGUUUCCCGGGUGGACUGAGUGAGGAAGUAGAGCAAGAUUUUUGCACUGCUGGCUUCCCAGUGCUUGAGGAGGAUUUCAGCGUUGCUCUGGACCAGCUGCACGAUGCCCAUUCGCAGGCAGUGGGAGCCCCAAAGAUCCCCUCCGUGUCCUGGCAGGAUGUUGGUGGGCUCCAUGAGGUGAAGAAGGAGAUCCUGGACACAAUCCAGUUGCCCCUGGAGCACCCAGAACUGCUGUCGCUGGGUCUCUGCCGCUCUGGUCUGCUGCUGUACGGGCCUCCUGGGACAGGGAAGACCUUGCUGGCGAAAGCCGUGGCAACCACGUGCACCAUGACCUUCCUUAGCGUGAAGGGGCCAGAGCUCAUCAACAUGUACGUGGGGCAGAGCGAGGAGAACGUGCGUAACGUGUUUGCCAGAGCCCGGGCAGCUGCUCCCUGCAUCAUCUUCUUUGACGAACUGGAUUCCCUGGCCCCAAAUCGUGGGCGGAGUGGAGACUCGGGGGGUGUCAUGGACAGAGUUGUCUCGCAGCUCCUGGCUGAGCUCGACGGCCUUCAUUCCAGCCGAGAGGUGUUUGUCAUUGGAGCCACGAACAGGCCUGACCUCCUGGACCCAGCGCUGCUCCGGCCGGGCAGGUUUGACAAGCUGGUGUAUGUGGGCAUAAAUGAAGACCGGGAGUCCCAGCUGCAGGUGCUGAGUGCAGUCACCAGGAAGUUUAAACUGGAUCCUUCUGUGAAUCUCAGCAGCAUCCUAGAAAAAUGCCCGGCUCAGCUGACAGGAGCAGACAUCUACGCGCUGUGCUCGGACGCCAUGAUGUGCGCUGUCAAACGCAAGGUGGAAUGGAUCGAGGAAGGGCUGGACACAGAGAGCUCUGCUCUCAUCCUGACCAUGGAAGACUUCCUGCAGGCUGCCGCGAGGCUGCAGCCAUCGGUCUCUGAGCAGGAGCUGCUCAGGUACAGGCACAUCCAGCAGAAGUUUGCUGCCUGCUAACGCUCAGCGGAGGUGGGCCCGAAGGAACAAAGGGAAGGAUGCGCUAAGGGUGCGAGAGAACUGGGGCAAAAACAGACGCCCUGCUGGUGGACCCCUUUUUUGAGCUGGGCUGAAAAAGUGGCCGUGCAGUUCCGUGUGCAGGCACUGUUCUGCUCAGCUGCCCUGGGUGGUGGGUUCUGUAGCAGUCCCUCAGCUGUAGAGGAGCACCACGGCGCUGCCAGGAACAUGCCAGGGUGACCCCAGGCGGGGGGAAGCUGAGUCUGGUGGCUGUGGGCAGCUCAGGGGUGUUUCAGGACAGGAAAGCGAGGCCAAAACUGGACCCAGUUUGGCAGCAGGCUGGAGGCAGUCACUUCUGGGACGUGGGGCAAUGUUGCUGCCGCAGGCCUGGCCUUGACGCGGUCUCCGUGAAUAAAUAGAGGUUUCUGCUCCAUU